AUUCCGAAUCAACCAGCUACUGUAGCGAAAGAAACAGCAACUCCCACACAACCCGUCCACUACUGCUGUUACGUAAUGACCUCUCAUCGCUGCUAUCGCCACCUAUCACCUUCUGUUUGCUAAGUAGCUAUCUGCACAGGAAAGUGGGUGUAAAUGGAUAGAUGCGGACGCUAACGUUAGCGAAUUAACUCACCCGUCAAAACAUCAGCCCCCUUAAAACCGCAACCAUGUUCGGCCGGUCACGGAGCUGGGUUGGAGGACAGGGGAGGACGAAAAACAUCCACUCCUUGGACCAUUUGAAGUAUAUGUACCAUGUUUUGACCAAAAACACAACAGUGACAGACCACAACCGAAACCUACUGGUGGAGACCAUCCGCUCCAUCACAGAGAUCCUCAUCUGGGGGGACCAGAAUGACAGCUCUGUGUUUGACUUCUUCCUGGAGAAGAACAUGUUUGCCUUCUUCCUGAACAUCCUACGUCAGAAGUCCGGACGCUACGUGUGCGUCCAGCUCCUCCAGACCCUCAAUAUCUUGUUUGAGAACAUCAGCCAUGAAACUUCCCUCUAUUACCUCUUGUCGAACAACCACGUGAACUCCAUCAUCGUCCACAAGUUUGACUUCUCGGAUGAGGAGAUCAUGGCCUACUACAUCUCCUUCCUCAAGACCCUGUCACUGAAACUGAACAAUCACACCGUGCACUUCUUCUACAAUGAGCACACUAAUGACUUUGCCCUGUACACCGAGGCCAUUAAGUUUUUCAACCACCCCGAAAGCAUGGUCCGCAUCGCAGUCCGCACCAUCACACUCAACGUCUACAAAGUUUCAUUGGACAACCAGCACAUGCUGCACUACAUCCGAGAUAAGACAGCAGUGCCAUAUUUCAGCAACUUGGUCUGGUUUAUUGGCAGCCAUGUCAUCGAACUGGAUAAGUGUGUGCAGACUGAUGAAGAGCAUAAGAACAGAGGGAAAUUAAGUGACCUGGUUGCAGAGCACCUUGACCACCUUCACUACCUGAACGACAUCCUCAUCAUCAACUGUGAAUUCCUUAAUGAUGUGUUGACUGACCACCUCCUCAACCGCCUGUUCCUUCCCCUCUAUGUCUACUCUUUGGUUAUCCCUGAAACAUCUGAAGAGAGAAAGAUCAACCCUCAGGUGUCCCUCUACCUGCUGUCUCAAGUGUUUCUGAUCAUCCACUAUCAGCCACUGGUCAACGCCCUGGCGGAAGUUAUUCUCAAUGGAGACCUAUCUGUCUUCACCCUACCGACAGACAUACACAGCACGCACAAGAACACGGCCAGUGCGGGAGGCGUGCGUCGGUUCACCAAGCCCCCAGAGUCUCUGGAGCGCUCCCUGGAGCUGUCCCGCCACCGCGGCCGCAAGAGAACCCAGAAGAGACCAAAUUACAAGAACCUGGGCGAGGAGGAGGAUGACGAAAGAGCUGGGGGAGGGGGAGGAGGUGGCGGCGGCGGAGGAGGAGGAGGAGGAGGAGGAGGAGAGGAGGGCUGGGACGACGACAGUAGGGGAGGAGACGGAGGCCGAGAGAGGGAGAAGGGAAAAGGUACAGAGGGAGGAGGAGGUGGGAGUUCUAAGGGAAGCAGAGCGAGUGGUGAGACAGCGGAAGAGAUAGAGAUGGUGGUGAUGGAGAAGUGUAAGGUGUCAGAGCUGACGGAGCAGAACAUCACCGACGAGGAGAAGACGGCAGCAGCCACCCGCACACAGACGCAGAGGAGCAGACCGUUCUUAGACAUGGUGUACAGUGCCCUCGACUGCACCAAUGAUGACUACCACGCCCUCUUUGUCCUCUGCCUGCUCUACGCCGUCUCUCACAGCAAAGGUAUAAACUGUGAUCUUCUUGAGCGGCUGCAGCUGCCGGUCCCCGACCAGGAGAGGAGCUCCUACAGUUUGGUGUUGGCAGAGAGACUAAUCAGAGUUAUGAGCCAGGCAGCACAGCCUGAUGGUAAAGUGCGUCUAGCUACCCUGGAGCUGAGCUGCCUUUUAUUAAAGCAGUCCGUGCUGUCUGGAAACCACUGUAUAAUCAAAGAUGUCCACCUGGCCUGCCUGGAGGGUGCCAGAGAAGAAAGUCUGCAUUUACUGCGGAGAUUUUAUAAGGGUGAAGAGAUCUUUCUGGACAUGUUUGAAGAUGAAUACAGGAGCAUGACGAGUAAACCGCUGAACGUGGAAUAUUUAAUGAUGGAUGCCUCGAUACUGCUGCCACCCACGGGCACCCCGCUGACUGGUAUCGAUUUCGUCAAGAGGCUACCUUGUGGAGACGUGGAGAAGACACGCAGGGCGAUCCGUGUGUUCUUCAUGCUGCGGUCGUUAUCGCUCCAGCUGCAGGGAGAACCUGAGACGCAGCUGCCUCUGACCAGACCUGAAGAUCUUAUCAAGACAGAUGAUGUCUUAGACCUCAAUAAUAGUGACCUAAUAGCUUGUAUGGUGGUCAGCAAAGAUGGCGGCCAGGCCCAAAGGUUCCUCGCUGUGGAUGUCUACCAGAUGAGUCUGGUCGAACCAGAAACCAAACGUCUCGGAUGGGGUGUAGUCAAGUUUGCCGGCCUCUUGCAAGACAUGCAGGUGUCUGGCGUUGAAGAUGACAGCAGAGCGUUGAACAUCGUCAUCCACAAGCCCAGCUCCAACCCCCACGCCAAGCCCCUGCCCAUCCUGCAGGCCAACUUCAUCUUCGCCGACCACAUCCGCUGCAUCAUUGCCAAGCAGAGGCUAGCUAAAGGUCGCAUCCAGGCCAGACGCAUGAAGAUGCAGAGGAUCGCAGCUCUGUUGGACCUGCCUGUGCAGCCCAGUGCGACGGAGGUGUUGGGUUUUGGCCAGACGACCAACGCUUCACCCAGCGGCCUGCCUUUCCGAUUCUAUGAGCAGUCAAGACGAGCCCCCAACGACCCCACGGCAAACAGAUCAGUCUUUGCCUCCGUCGAUAAAGUACCAGGGUUUGCGGUGGCUCACUGUGUGUCACAGCACAGUCCCUCUCCCCUCUCCUCACCCUCACCUCCCUCCAGUGGGAGUGGGAGCACAGGAAGAUGUGACUCUGUUACUGCAAGCACUAUAUCAGCUCAGAGCCCCACAGAUGAUGGCACGUUUUUGGAGCACACACCUCCCUCCUCUUCAGGAGGAGAAGGGGAAGGAGGAGGCGGGGAAGUAACACUGGUCUCCUCUACUCCCUCGACCCCAGCUCCAGCUCACGCCUUGGCCCCGAGCCUCACCCCGGCCUCCCAGCCCACCAUCUCCCUCCUCACCGACAGCAACGCCGACACCCUCAGCGUGGAGUCGCUCACGCUGCUGCCCCCUGCCGACUCACCACACCUACACCCCUGUGCCAGCCACAUUUCCACAACCCUUCAGAGACCAGACGCUCCCAUUGCAGAAGAGGAAGAGGACUAUAAUGACGAGAAAGAGGGAGAUUGGAAAGGAAAACAAAGGGAAGAGGAAGAGCUAAAGGAGGAGGACAUCGAGAAGUCUUUGAUGGAUGAGACAGAUGUGACGGUAAAAGAGGAAACCACAUCGACAGAGUUGGUCACACCCACUGAUGAGGCGCCGCAGGAACCAAAGGGAGGAAACGUGGCAGAAGAUGAGGAGCCUGUAGAUGAAGACAUACCUCUUGGAGCACAUAGAGACCGGCCCUCUGCUGCACAGCUGCAAGUAAGAGACAACUCAACAGCUACAGAGUCUGCAGAGAAGACAGAUGAUACAGAGAUACACACUGAAACACCAGACUCGCUUGAACUGGACUAACAUUCACGCCCAUGCACUUAAACUCAUCUCUCUCUCACACACACAUAUACAUACAGAGGACAGUGAAGUGCGAUAGUUAAACUAUCCAGCUUGGCUGCAGUAUAUUUUCAUGUUGCAACCUGUCGGUAGUGUGUGAUGUGAAUAGCAUAAGAGGCUUUUGGAGGCAUCUCAACAUUUGUGUUUGCACAUGAAGAAAGACUCUUUUUACUCACAGAGAAAAACAGAGGAGGAGACAGACAGAUGGCGGAACUCGUGGAAAAGCUCAAAAGCACGUUUUGGGUUCCCCGUGCACUGGAGUGCGUGUGUAUGCGAGUGAUUUUAGCACGCGCGGGUCAAAGGCGCGCAACCAGCAACAUUUUUUUACUCAUUCUGAUCAAUGGUCUGUCAGCUCAGAGACACACACACACACACACAUGCUCCACAUGCUGCUGCUGCUGUGAGGUUUUCAAAGAUCUGUUCUAUUUUUGUGUCUUAUGUUCACAUAACAGUUCACCACUGAUGUUUCGCGGUGGUGGUCACUACUAUGCUAAACACACACAUGCUGUCACACACACACACACACACACAGAGUAAGCUGCACUAGCCUUUUUAACUGCUGCAUGUCAGACCUGUUUGCAGUUACUGCCACCUAGAACUGCCACUGGUUAGGCGUGUGCGUAUGGUUGCGUAUGGUGGGGGUGUGUUCUCCAUCUGAUUUAGUUCUUAUUGUUCCACUAGUAAAGUAAUGAUCCAUUAAUUUCCCAUUUGCUAAUCAAUGGCUAUCAUAAAAAAAUGUAUGAAAUGAUCUUGAGCAAGGAGGGAGCAAACUGUGAAAACGUUCAUUUAAUGGCCAUCUUGUUCUCCUGCUAGUUAAACAUCUGGAUGAAUGAAUCCAUUCAGAUGCAACAUGAGGUGUGUGAAAGCAGCUGAUCGUGAUCACAGCCAGCACAGAGUUGGUUUCCAUCGUCGUUAAUGUCGAUCUCUCGGGCUGACAGUUUAGGAUGGUUUGCUUGAGUGCAGCGUAACAAUGCAUUUUCAUUUUUAAGAUAUGCAAGAGUAAUCAACAAACUUUGACCUCAGCAGAUUGGCUUUUAGUUCAACUUCCAUUCCAGAUCUUUUAACUUCUUUCCCAAACCCAUGAGUGGAAUCCUGCAGAGGUAAGAUAAUGUGUGCUCAUUCAGCCCGACCGGCAGAAUAGAUAAUGCGAAAGAGCUGAUUGGUGGUGCAGUAGUGAUACAUAAUGCUUAGCGGUUCAGUGAGUAGUAAUAGGAACUCAGUCCAUGCAUUCAUUCAUUCAUUCUAUACAAUGAGAAUUCAAACCUGUGGUAAUGCAGGUGUGCCACUGGUUAUAAAACAUAUUGUAAGUUACUGGGAUUGUUUCAUAUGUUUAGGAAAUAUUUAAAAACUGAACUUUCUUGAUUAAACGACAGCCUCAUAGUGUGAUACAGUUUAAUAGAGAUCAGUGAUGUUAGACAACUUCAUAGAGUCACAAGAAACUAUUUGAAGUAACGUACGUGUCUUCAGGUCCGCACAUCGCCACAACAACACUGGGUUGAAUGUAUCUGCUGCUUGCCCCUCAGACACUGACCUGAGCUCAGUUUAAUUCUCCAUAUAGAAAUCUCUGUAUCUGAUGUAAGGACUGUAAACCUGACCUGGGGGCAGAUUACUUGAAACAUUUACUGGUAAUCUUUUAUGACAGCAUUUGGCUCCGUUUUAGAGUUUGACUUGCAUUUUUCCUGGGAAGACAACAGCACAUAGGUUCCCAGCUACUUCCAAAUUAGGAUGAUUGUGUUCACAUAGAAUGCUCUCAACGCACUCCUCUAACAUUUUUUUUCUGUUUUCAUUAUAUUAUUUCAUUAUAUCCUGCUUUUCUUUCCUGAGUAAUGGAUAUCAAAACAUAGUUUGAAUUAUAUUUUCAUCCCCAAUUGAGGCCACAGCUGCGUAUAAAACCUGGAAAAAUUGCCAACAAUAGCCCCAAGAGUCAUAACAGGCUGUUCUGAGGUCAGCAUCUAGGGGCGAACCCCCUCCUUUAAUCAGCUGAAUAAAGCUUUACUACUGCAAUAAUCUUAAGAGCUACUCGAUGAAAGGAGAGAUGAAUGUAACGGACACCUUAUCUCUCCAAACAGCUGUGUUAUUCAAUUGAUAUGAAUGGGGUCAGUGUAUUUUAUCUUUGAUUCAUGACUUGAUUUCUUAAGAACAAAGCACACUCACUGAUUCAUUAUAACGUAAUUCCUCCCCUUUUGUUCACUUCUUCCUCAUAUUUUCUGCAUUCGCGAUCCAGCUCAUCCUCUCAUUUCCUGUGCCAUCAUCGUAAGUCUUAAGGCUCGAUCAUUCUUAUUUUUAACUCUGUACAGUCGAGUUUGUUAACGAGAAAUCAGAGCAAUACUCUCUUUUUUUUUCUUUUCUUUUUUUUUUGAGUCUGUCUCUUAGUAUUUCCAUCUGGCUACUGUAUAUAGCAGCAGAAUGAUAGUGAUGAAGAGGCUUGGUACAAGGAGCAUUUGUAGAGAAGCUAGCGACGGUUUGGAGGAACACGCCGCCAUGUUGCCGCCAUGUUGUCUUCCAACAGGGCGGCGUGUCACCUGUAACCACUACUGCCAACCUCUACCCAAACAUGCCAUGACAAGCUUCCAUUAUUAAGUCUCUGAUUGUAGUGUGUGUGUAUGUAAUAUGUUUGUAUGCUCUGUAAAUGCUUUUGGCUUUUAAACAUGUAAUUAUUGUUAAUGAACUGAAACAGAGGAAUAAAUAAAGACCUGCAAUAAAUUAUUCUACUUAACAACA